AAAUCUUCGUCAUUAAAGUAUUAAUAGUAUUAUUAAGUGUAAUUUAUAUUUGUUAAUUACUUUAGGAAUAAAUUAAUAAUUGUAAGAGGAGGAUGACGAUAGAAUGAAAAAAAAUAAUAUGUUUAAUAACACCCUAAAAUAUUCCCACGGUCUUAUUUGAGAAUUUGAGUCUGAGUUUUGAUAGUUAAUUCACUAUGGAUGUUUCUAGAAAUUUUAUUGAUAUUACCAUUUUAAUUAUCUUCAACCUUCAUCCCCCUUCUUCUUUCACCUCAAUCAAAACCUUCAAAAAUUCGUAAAUGGAGAACAACAACGAAAACAACAAUAUGAUCACUGAUUCUCAACUACCACAACACUUAGCAAAUCUAAUUCAAUCACUCGAACAAGCUAUUUCAAUGGCGAAAAAACUUCCGUCAAUUUCUAACCCCGAUCACCAUCGUCAUAUCUUCACUUCUCUCUCCUCGGCUCAACUCUCAAUCUCCUCGUUUCUCUCUCUUCACCACAAUAACAUCGCCGAUAAUUCCGUCUCCUCCGUCGCCGAUGAGCCGAUGAUGAUAGGUGGUGAUGAUGAUGAUGAAGAGCAGAAUUCAAAGGAUUAUUCUAUGGAAAAUGUGGAGGAGAAGAUGAGAGAAUUGUUUUACAUUCAGAAUAAACGGCAAAAAAGAUCGAUUUCUCCUUCGUCUGCAGCUGUUAUUGAACGACAGCGUUUUGAGGGUAGAGAAAAUGUUAGGGUUCCGGUGGAUUUUGAUCUUCGUCAAUCUCGGUUGAGGGAUUUUGACCUUGUUUUUCAAUUUCAUGCCUAGCUUUUAUUGUGUUCUAGUGUUAUUUUGUUAUUAUUAUUUUUAUAGAACCGUGAUUUUGGGAGAAUUUAUUUUUAGUGCGAUUAAAAUGGCUUUUGGUGUGAAAAAUGCUUCAUGUAUGAUCAUAAAUCUAUAUGGUAUUAUAAUUUAUACAAUUGUAAUACUUCCUCUUAAUAACUUUAUCUUAUUAUAAUCUAUAAGUAUCU